CUUAAACAAACAUAUCAUGUUUUUUCUUUCUCUCUUAAUCUAAUCCAAUUUUGUCCUUGUAAAAAAAACCAAACUUGGUUUCCUGUUUGGUACAAAAGGAAGAUGUUGAGAAACCGCCUUGUGUUCUUCUUCUCCUCUGCUUCUACUACUACUCAUUAAAGUCGCAAUCUUUUUGCUCUGGAUUCUUGUUUGCAACCUUCCUUAUAAUUCUGGGUAUUUUCUUAUUAUUCAGAUUCUCCUUAAAGUUCUCCUUUUUCUUGUCCUUAGAAAAAUACAAUCUUUUUUUUUUUCUUUUCUCUUUCCUUGUGGAUUUGGAUGAUUGGUUUUGAUUUUACAGUUCAUUUCUAGUCACCAUUACGCGUUUCUUUCUUCUUCUUCUUCCGUGUCGAGCUUUACUUCUGACUUUGUGGUUUCUUUAAUACUUUCUUCUUCCCUUCUCUUUACCCUUUUCUGUGUGUUGCCUUUAUCAGAUCUGUACUUGUUGCUGUCGAAACAGAGAAGAGGGCAGGAAGAAGAAGCACUAAGUAAAGUUUGUAUCUUGAAGUGAAAUUGGAUUGCUUGGCUACAAAUUCAUGACUACUUGGGUCAGAAAGAUUGAGUUUAGUAAAGGGUUGUAAGAUUUUGGGAGCGUGAAAGGGUCUCGUAAUGGCGUCUAGAGAAGGAAAGAGACGUAAUCAUAAUCAUAAUCAUCAUCAUCAUGAUAAUGAUGAGAAGCUUGUGCCUCUUGCUGCUUUGAUUAGUAGAGAGACGAAAGCUGCUAAGAUGGAGAAACCGAUUGUGAGAUUUGGUCAGGCUGCUCAAUCUAGGAAAGGAGAAGAUUAUGUCUUGAUCAAGACUGAUAGUCUUCGUGUUCCUUCCAAUUCUUCAACUGCUUUCUCUGUCUUUGCGGUAUUUGAUGGGCACAAUGGAAAAGCUGCAGCGGUUUUUACAAGGGAGAAUCUAUUAGACCAUGUUAUUAGUGCUCUUCCCAGUGGGCUUAGCCGUGAUGAGUGGCUUCACGCUUUACCCCGUGCAUUAGUUUCUGGAUUCGUGAAGACUGAUAAGGAGUUUCAGAGCAGAGGAGAAACUUCUGGAACAACAGCCACAUUUGUGAUAGUAGAUGGAUGGACUGUGACAGUUGCAUGUGUUGGGGACUCUCGCUGCAUCUUAGAUACUAAGGGUGGUUCAGUUUCCAACCUUACUGUAGAUCAUAGGCUUGAAGAUAAUACAGAAGAGAGGGAACGUGUUACUGCUAGUGGUGGAGAAGUUGGCAGGCUAAGCAUUGUUGGAGGCGUUGAGAUUGGUCCUCUACGGUGUUGGCCUGGUGGUCUUUGCCUUUCAAGGUCUAUUGGAGAUAUGGACGUUGGGGAGUUCAUAGUUCCAGUUCCCUUUGUAAAGCAAGUGAAGCUAUCAAACCUUGGCGGAAGGCUUAUUAUUGCGUCUGAUGGCAUAUGGGACGCUCUCUCCUCAGAAGCAGCUGCUAAAACUUGCCGUGGAUUAUCAGCUGAACUUGCUGCUAGACAAGUAGUUAAGGAAGCAUUGAGAAGAAGAGGACUUAAGGAUGACACAACAUGCGUUGUAGUUGACAUAAUCCCACCCGAGAACAUCCAAGAACCACCGCCUUCUCCUCCUAAGAAACACAACAACUUCUUUAAAUCACUGCUCUUCAGAAAGAAAUCAAACUCAUCUAACAAACUCGCCAAGAAACUCUCUAGUGUUGGUAUCGUGGAAGAGCUCUUCGAAGAAGGCUCUGCAAUGCUCGAUGAAAGGCUAGGAUCAGGUGAUUGUUCUAAGGAAUCAACAACAGGAGGAGGGAUAUUCACGUGUGCGAUAUGUCAACUAGACUUGGCUCCAAGUGAGGGGAUAUCAGUCCACGCGGGUUCGAUCUUCUCGACAAGUCUAAAACCGUGGCAAGGACCGUUCUUGUGCACAGAUUGUCGUGAUAAAAAGGAUGCAAUGGAAGGGAAACGCCCAAGUGGAGUUAAAGUCAUCUAAGAAUGAACCUCACACACACACACACAGGACUCUCUAUUCGUUCAUUAUAAUUCUUUCUUCUUUGGUUCUUUUUUAUUACACUCCAUUCGAAUAAUAAAAAUUUGAGUACACCUGAUUCUUUUAUGGAUCUUGGGUUCGUAAUGGGAUAUAUAGUGAGUUGGAUUGAUUGGUAUACUAUGUGAAAAAAGCUUGUGUUCA